AUGCUUUCACUCCUAUCAGCAGCCAUUUCGGUACCAUUAUCAAGCAUGGGCAGCAUGCAUCGUCGUUCUCCAGAGCCAGUGUGGAAAGGAUUUAAUCUCGACACUGGUGCGGUUACUGGAGCCCCAAAACUCGACAUCAUAAAGCGAUCGGUGGAUCCCAACAUAUACCGUCGUUCCCCAGAGCCAGUAUGGAAAGGAUUUAACCUCGACACUGGUACGGUUACUGGAGCCCCAAAACUCGACAUCAUAAAGCGAUCGGUGGAUCCCAACAUAUACCGUCGUUCUCCAGAGCCAGAAUGGAUAGGACUCAGUUACAGCAGUCAAAGACAGGCAAGAUUGACUAAACGAUCUCCAGGGCUUGGAAAACAAGGGUUUAAAAAUGGUCUUAUGAUGACUGGUGGUAUGAUUUUCUUCGGUAAUAAGAUUAACCCAACUGGCACUGGUGUUGGUAGUAGUCCUGGUAGUCGUAAUAGUACUGAUACCAGUACUAAUGGCAACAGUACUGCUAAUACUAAAGGAAAAUCAAAAUAA